CAACGAUAUUUUGUCAUUCUUCGCUCGCACCUCACAAACGAUCGACGUCUUGGUUUCAGUCUCGGGGAUUAUGACUUGAAACAGUUUGAAAAUAGAUAUUAUUUAAAGAAAAUAUAUCUAUAUAUAUAUUCAGCCAUAGAGUUCGCAUAGAGUUUUUUACGAAAUAGUCACAGCAUCUACAUAUAGAACGUCGCAAGGAUAACGCAAUAAACAAUAAAGAAGCGAAUGUAUCAGUAAAGAAAUAUAUUUCAAUAUAUAUAUAUAAAGUGAAGAAGCAAAUCAAAGAGAAAAGUGAUCUAGAGGUGUUUUUAUUUUAGUGCAGUUGACAACUGCAUCGAUUUGGUUGUCAUUUUCAAUGAUAUAUAGUGAUAUAUAACGACUUAAAAUGCAACGACAAAAUCCGAACCCAUACCAGCAGCAACAGCUGCAGGAGCAGCACCAACAACAGCAGGUGCAGCAGCAAUACUCCACCCAGGAGUACUCGCACUCCACUCAAGAGCAGCACCAGCAAAGGAUUAGCCGCACUGAACAACAUGUUCAGAGGAGUCAAAUCACCACUCAGCAACGAGGUCAGUCCGUCUGCCUGUCUGCGCCCGUUGGCCCAGCUCUGCCCUGCCAUGCCCUGCCAUGCCACGCCACGCCCGAAUUGUCUCGUUUACGGAUUUCGACAAGCUGUAUUGGCCAGUGGGAUUCACACCGUGGAUUUAGAAUCCCCACUGUUCCAUUCUCUUGUUACCGAAUUUCCAUACGAUACAGACAAUCGCCUUUUCUGCUCAUGCCAAUUUCAUUGUAACCUUCACUAAAUGC